AUGACAACAUUACUUAAUCAAGGAAAAAACAUCUUAUUAAUAGGAGAUUUAAACGCCAAGCAUCAGGACUGGGGCUGCCCAGACCAGCAGGUGAAUCCAAAAGGACGAGUACUGGCUGAAUGGAUUAUCAACCACAACUUAAAUGUACUCAAUGCCGGUUUGAAAACGUCAUUGCGAUCCGAUACAACAAUUGAUCUUUUCAUAUCGACUGAGCAACCCGAAGCAUCCGAAUGUCGUACUCUAGCUUAUAAUGGCAGUGAUCAUUUACCAGUUCUUACUAAUUUCCUAGAUCUCAAUACAUCAACUGAGAAUCAUCUCGUACCCCGUACCUACUGGAAAGUGUUUUCGUCGAUUCUGAUCGUUGUACAAGACCAAUUACAGUGUGAACAAGAAGCUCUGAUGAAGAACUCUGACGACACAUUUAGCUGGUUCAUGAUCUUUGAAAGUUUUUUAGCAGCACUUAAACUUCGAGUAACAGAAUGGCAAGAAGUUAAACGGAAACGACCAUCUAUUUCAUCCUCAUUACGAAUCCUCCUUCGACACAAGCAUUACUUACAAAAUAGAUAUCGGCACACGAAGUACGAGGAAGAUCGAUUACGGCUAAGGUCGUGGAACGUCUUAGUUAAGCAAGAAUUUCAAUCACAUAGACAACGAAGCUGGGAACAAUUCAUUUCCAACGUUGCUUCACCGAAUCCGACGACAUUCUGGAGAACAGUGAAAAAAUUAAACAAAAAGAAAUCAGCCGAAUUUGUUGCAUUAACUGAAGAAAAGAUGGUGCACAGAAAACCAGAGGACAUAGUGAAAAGCUUAAACGAACACUUUACCGAAAGACAUUCACUACCAAAAUUAAACAUGACGAACUCACUCGAUAAAGAAGCUCAAGAGUUAUGGAGAAUAUACAGUUCAGCCGAAAGAGAUGAUAUCAAUCUAGUUUCUUAUCAUUCAGACCUCCAAUUCGAAAAACAAGAUUUAAAAAAGACAAUCAAUUCAUUAAAAAGCAAAAACUCGUCUGGAUUCGAUCAUGUUUCUAACAAAAUGAUCAAAUUACUUCCAACACAUUACCAUACUCUAUUAACAAAUGCUUAUAAUAAUUUAUUUCGUAACGCUCAUUGGGGAAAAGAAUGGAAAAUAGCCAGAACUAUUUGUCUUAAUAAAAGUGAUGAUCCAGCACCACGUACAAAUCAACUACGACCAAUUUCAAUGUUACCAGCUUUCAGUAAAAUAUAUGAAAAACUUUUUCUCAUGAGAUUUAACAGCUGGUCUCAACGAAUGAAUGUUUUACCCUCACAACAAUCCGGUGCAAGACCUCAUCAGGCAACAACAACCCGCGUCAAUUGUCUAUUAGAACAAAUUACCCAAUCUCUGCUCCACAACUCAUUCACUCCGGUCGUUUACAUUGACUUUCUGCAAGCUUUUGAUAAGCUCUGGCAGCAGGGAUUACUAUUGAAGUUAAAUAGGCUUAACUGCCCAUCGCCCUAUCUUAUAUGGAUCGCAAACUACUUCACCGAACGAUCACUCAAAAUUGACUAUGGUGGUAUAGAAUCAGCAUUAGUCAAAGUAGAACGAGGAGCACCUCAAGGAAGCUGUCUUGGCCCGGUAAUGUAUGUCAUCAGCCACCACGACAUCCCUUAUAUUUUUGAAAAUCCCAUCCAUGUACAUGCCUAUGUUGAUGAUAUAGCAAUCGCCUAUAUCCCAUCUUUUCAUUUGAAAUUAAAACCUCAAAUUGGACAAAUGAAUGAACGCAUCAACAGGGACAUGGGAAACCUAUUAAAAUAUUCGAAUGACUGGCAUCAACCACUUAACCCCAACAAGACUGAAUUUGUAGUUUACCAUAAAUCAAUUCAGUGCCCCAAACUCGACAUUUACUAUGAUGGAGUGAGAAUUAUUCAAAAGAAAAAUUUCAAAUACCUUGGCUUUCAUCUAGAUGCGAAGCUGUCCUUUCGGAAUAUGAUUGAUGCUCAAUGUUUAAAAUUAAGAAAAGCUUAUAUUAUAUUAAAGUUUAUUCACCGGCAGUUUCCCUCAUUUUCGAAACUAAAAAUGAAAUUUUUCAAUACAUAUAUAUGGCCUCACAUGUAUAUGAUGGCAACAAUUUACUGUCUUUUCUCCAAGACGUCUCGUGAACGUGUAGCAGCUUUUUAUCGGCGAUGCUUAAGACUGAUACACAGUCUGUUUCAAUGUCCUACAGCAGACUUACAUCAACAUUUUCAACUACCCACGAUUGAAAAGCGAUACAAAAAAUCGUUGGUAAAACGAAUGAAAAAUAUUCAGCUGCACGAACCGGUGUUCUUGGAAUAUGCAUUACAAUACAAAUUCUUAUUGAACACGAUCUAUUAUCAUUAUCGAAUUAAAGCANUAAAUACAAGUAAUUCAGGUGGUCUAGAUUGGAAAGCAAAACUUAAUUAUUCACCUACUGGAAUGAAAUUUGAUUAUAAAACAUUUACAAUGUAUACAACAUAUGUAAAUACAAGUACUGGAUAUGUUUCAUCAAUUGGAAUUUUAAAUCGAACAAUGGGUGGAAUUAGUAAAAAUGUUGGAAUCAUUUCUGAUAGUCCAGAUGUUGGAGUUACGUCAUUUUCAGCAUUUGAUAUUGCAGAAAAGAUAUAUUAUGCAUCAAUUACAUUAGAUUCAGUUUUUCCAAAUGGUAUUUCUUAUGUCAAUGUAGACAAUUCACAAGGAGACUUAAAUUUUUUCCCCAAUACAAAAUAUAAUUCACAUGCUUGGUUUAUAAAACAAUUCGUUCAUUAA